AUGAAUGGUCCAGCGGAUCCUUCAAGCCUACUCUUCAACUGCUCAAAUCAGUCAAAUUUCUCUUUGGAAACAUCAGAGCAAUGUGGCAAAGAGUCACACCUUGAGAACAUCCUUUUUGCCACUUUCUACUUCCUGGACUUCGUCCUGGCUUUUGUUGGCAAUGCCCUGGCACUUUGGCUCUUCAUCCGGGACCAAAAGUCAGGCACACCGGCUAAUAUUUUCCUGAUGCAUCUUGCGGUGGCUGAUCUGACUUUUGUGCUGGUACUUCCCACCCGGCUGGUGUACCAUUUCUCUGGUAACCACUGGCCAUUUGGUGAGAUUCCGUGCAGACUCACUGGCUUCCUUUUCUACCUCAACAUGUAUGCCAGUAUCUACUUCCUCAUGUGUAUCAGUAUUGACCGUUUCCUAGCCAUUGUGCACCCAGUGAAGUCCAUCAAGCUCCGCAGGUCCCCUUACGCCCAUUUGGCAUGCACCUUUCUUUGGGUUAUAGUUGGGGUCGCAAUGGCACCUCUGCUGCUCAGCGUGCAGACAGUUGAGAUGAAGGACACAACCGUCUGCCUGCAGCUCUACAGAGAAAAGGCCUCACGUCAUGCCCUUGUGUCCUUAGCAGUGGCAUUCACCUUCCCAUUUGUGACCACAGUGACUUGCUACUUAUUAAUCAUCCGAAGCCUGAAGAGUGGGAACAGAGUUGAGAAACACCUGAAGGAAAAAGCUAUCAAAAUGAUCAUCAUGGUCCUGAUGAUUUUUCUGAUUUGCUUUGUACCUUAUCAUGUCAAUCGCUACAUUUAUAUUCUCCAUUACAAUGGAACCAAAACUUCCUGUGAGACACAGCGUCUUCUAGCCCUCGCUAACCGCAUCACUUCCUGCCUCACCAGCCUCAACGGGGCCCUUGACCCAGUCAUGUAUUUUUUUGUAGCUGAGAAAUUCCGUGAGGCUUUGUGCAACCUCUUUUGUGUCAAGAAGACUGUAAUGCUGCCUCAAACAUAUGAGGGUAAGACAAAUGAGAGCUCACUAAGUGCUAAAUCUGAACUAUGAACACGACUCUUGUCACUGCUUGAACUUAAGAACACACUGUGUUCCACAAAGAUCAGCAGAGAAUGCAAAUAGGCAGAGAGAUAGCCCAGAGUCAAACCCAUCCUGUGGAGGGAAGUUUUGCCAUUUUGUAUGGGAUUGCAAUUAACAAGAAUAUUCCUGACAACAAAGAUCACAUAUUCUUACCUUACUGAAACUGCAAACAGAAGUGCAGUUCUACCAAUUUCAAGAUGUGAAACGGAGGGCUGAACAGUUAGGAAUAGG